CUCAAGUAUAAAAUAAAGUCCGUUACCUGAUAGAUCGUAGAACAGCCCCUAGUUGGAAAUGAUGAUGGUCAAAUGGUAAACUGGAACCGAAAGAAGCAGCCCACAUAUAGGCUGUAGCUGAGACGUUCCAGGGCUGACUGCCAUUCUUUUGGAACUAUGAAUCUAUGGAAGAAUUGGACAAGACGCUAUCUUCUUUGGGUGUUCUGCUGUUAUUACCUCUUCCUCCUCACUGUUGCAAGUCCUUUGCCCUUGAACCAAACAGGCACGCUAAAUGAUCAGUCCUGCAGCCUUAACCAACAUCACUUCAGGAGGCUUGCCUUCAAGAACAUGACCUAUACGGUGGCCAAAGAGGCAAGAGUUUAUGAUCAGGACACAGUUAACAGGUUUGUGGGACAGGAUUUAUACAUCAACGUCACGAUGAAUGAACGCUGCUACUUAAUGAAAAGAGUAACAGAUACUGUCAUACAUGUCCUCCAUGAUCUGAAGAACCCAAAUCCCAAUUUCCUAGAAGUAAUAUAUUUUUUUGCGGAAUUAACUAGAGAACUACGUGACUGUAAACCACUGGAAGAUACAACAUACAUAGAAGGAAAUUUGAAAAGAAUGAAAGAUAAAUUAGAACAGUUGGGAGACAACGGAAUGAACAAAAUGGUUGGUGAACUUGAUUUGCUGUAUGACUAUCUGAGGGAUGCAUGCACUUCAAAGAAAGCAAGCAGCAGGCACAAGGGCAAGAAGAACAAAGAAUCAUCAAAAUUAUGA